ACCAAUUAGUGGCCAUUUUUCGCAUGUAGGGAUACAUUUUUUUACAGAUAUACUUCGACGCUGACUACAAAACUUUUGCUGGCGUACGUCUUUUUUUAGCAGUCGAGUAAUUAUGUCAGGUAUAGAACAAGUUUUUUCAGGUUUAACUAUAUUGUUCGUUAUCCUUAUAUGUGGAGCAAAUGCUAACAGUGACACAAAUAUAUGUAUUGAAGCGACUGAUAACUGUCCAAACGAGUAUAUUAAAUUAUAUUUUUAUACAAAUAAGAUUAAAGAUGAUCCUGUUGAGAUUUCGGAAGACUCAAUCAAAACCAUACAGUUUGAAAUGGCUUCUAAUUUAAAAAUAUUAAUACACGGAGUCAAAGGAUCGCGAGACGACGAAUUUAAUAAGUUAUUGAGAAACGCUUAUUUCUCACAAGGAAAAUAUAAUAUAAUCACGAUAGAUUAUCACCCUUUGGCGACUUCGUUAAAAUGUUACGACGUCGCUGUUCGAAACUUGCCAAUAAUCGCCAAAUGUAUAACACAAUUUUUGGUCGCGAUCCUCGAAAAACACGAUCAAUUUCAGUACGUACACGCUAUUGGAUUCAGCUUAGGAUCUCAAAUCGCUGGUCUUGUGGGGAAACUAUUGAAAGAAAAGAAUAAAAAUUUGAACAGAGUUACUGGCCUUGAUCCAGCUUUACCUUAUUUUGAAUACACGUGGAACAAUUUGGACGAGAAUAGUGCGACUGUAGUAGAUAUCAUACAUACGAAUUGCGGUUUUUUAGGACAAGUGCUGCCAAUUGGAACUGUUGAUUUUUACGCUAAUGGUGCAAUUACACAGCCGGGAUGUGCUGAUAAUAAGUAUUGGUACUUUUGUAGUCACGCAAAAUCAUAUAUGUAUUACGCUGAGUCAAUUUAUCAUGGGAGAACCAUGUCUGGAUUUUAUGCGACGACUUCGAGCUCUUUAAACCAGCUGUCAUUUUUGGGAGGUUUUAGUAGUUUUCCAAGACUAAGUAUAUUGGUUGGAGAAUAUCUUGACCCCGAGAUUAAAGGAGUAUACAGCUUUAUAACCAACGAUAGUCCACCUUACGCUCAAGGAAAUACUAGAAUUCAGGAAUUAAUAAAGCGAUUUUUAUCUUAUUUCAAAUAGUUAAAUAAUAUUAUGUAUAUUAUAGGUAAUAAACAUCUUUCUUUUA